UCGUAUCGGUGUAGUAAUAACGGAUACAUUUGACGUCACGUGGAGUCAAUUAUAUUCUUACUAUCGCAGUACGAAUGAAGUGGAUGUAUAUAUGUAACCACGUGCUCAAAAAAAAAUAUUCCCUACCACUGUUACCAGCCAUUAAGAAAUCCCUGACGGGCAACGUGUAUCAGCAUCGGUUUCCCCUGCCACCACCCUUCCCCACGCGACCACGUCCAGCCAGCCGGCCGACCUCGUCCAGCUUCUUCCUCCGUUUCCAUCCGCGCCGCGGUCAGACCCCAACAACUGCUCAACACGCCCGUCCGUCACCGGGUCGUUUCAACACCGUACCGGCCCUCCCUCCCCCCCGCGUGCGUCAUCGUCUUCCCCUCGCGGCGUCUUCCCGGUUCCCAAUCCGUUCCUCUUUAUAAGGCGGCCACCGUCACUGGGAUGCUCACAGCUCCGCAACUGCAACCAUCGCUUUCAUUCGCCACAGCCGCAUCGCAGCGCAGCCAUGGCUCUUCUUCAAGCCGCAUUCCUUCUCGUGCUUCUUCUCUCAGCUUCGUCUUCGGCUGCCGGCUCCUCCGCCGCCGCCGCAGCGAUGGACGCCCCCGCCGCGUCGUGCUCGGGCGCGGGCACCUUCUCGGCCGGCGGCGCGUUCGAGGGGAACCUCCACCGCCUCACGUCCCUCCUCGAGGCCAAGGCCCCCGCCGUCGGGUUCGAGAUCGGCACAGUCGGUGAACGCGGAGACCGCGUGCACGGCCUCGCGCUCUGCCGCGGCGACGUGGCGCGGGCGGCGUGCGCCGAGUGCGUCCGCGCCGCGGCGUCGCACGCCCGCCGCGUGUGCGCGUCCAGGACGGACGCCGUCGUGUGGCUCGACGCCUGCACGCUCCGCUACUCGGCGAGGCUCUUCUUCGGCGAGGUCGACCGCGACCACCGCGCCUUCGCGCCCGACACAACCAUCGCGCUCCGGGCCGCGGCGGAGAGGUCGGCCGAGCUCGACCGGGAUGUCGCUGGCGUGCUGAGGCGGCUGACCAGGACGACGUACCUCUCCCCGCUGCUGUUCGCCGCCGAGGAGGCCCGGACAUCGGCAUCGACGGCGGCGGGCGCCGGGCCGCGAAGGCUUCGCGCGAUGGCGCAGUGCACCAAGGACCUCUCCGGCGGGGACUGCAAGGCCUGCCUGGAGGCCGCCAUUGGGCAGCUGGUGGCGAGGGGGUGCUCGCCGGAGGGCGGCAGGGUGCUGGGCGGAAGCUGCAGCCUCAGAUACGAGCUGUCCCCGGUCUUUGAUUCCUAAUAAGAUAAGAUAGCUACUGUUACUAACCAACCUGCAUCGGUGGUUUGCACUUGUAAAUUGUAAGGUGUCAGAUCGUUGUGACGUUGUGCAUAGUCAAGAUUCCAAGGGAAUCAAAUACAAACAGAAGUGAUAUGUUCCUAUCAGGUUCUCCAUAA